CAGCAGCAAACAUGGCUGCCUCCAUUCAAAAAUCAAAACGGCGUGCAGUUCCGCGUGUGCAUUCCCGGUAGUGGUUUAUUUGCCUAUAUUUAUGAUCUCAAAUAGUCUCCAGUGAGUUGGGGGACCAUGGCUAAGCGCAAGAGAGGCAGGAAUACUCGGAGUGCGGCCAGCAAGGUCAAGAAUGGCGCCGUUACCGAAGACAGAGACAUUUCCGAUGCUGUCGAACAUCCGUCACCAAGCGAAGAGACCUUAGCAGAAGGUAAGACGGCGGAUGACUCGAUCGGCGAAACCGACAGAAACAGCGUCGUCGAAGACGAGAGAAAUUCGGACGCACCCGAGCGAUCGCGAAUCGUUCAACAAACCGUGGCGAAGCGCAAGCGUGCGGAUCUGUCGGCCAGCGAAAUCAAGAAAAAUGCCGCGUUGAUCCUCGAAGACAGAAAGAACAUCAACCUCCUCAUCGACAUCGUCGACUGUCUGUCUUCCGACUCCGAGGACGUCGUGGUCGCUGCCGCCCAAGCGGCCAACAAGGUGUUCUGUCACUUCCUCAAAACGAGCACGGCCCUGUACGAGAGCGAAGCCGAAAAACCCGCCGAAUCGCAAAACGCGCUCGAAAAGUUCAACUCAUGGCUUCGGCAGCGGUACGCCGACGCGUGGCGCCGCAUCGUCGCGAUGCUGUCAGACGCCUCGUCCUCCGGCCGCAUUCAGAGCCUUGCGCUCCAGGUCGCCAUGAAGUGGAUCGAGGUGGAGACCGUGCACAAGAAGCAGGGAGAACACCACGUCCCCAGCGCCAAAGUGGCGGACGUCGUCGAAGCGCUGCUCGACCCCGAGCGCGACAUGAAGAGCGUCAUCUCCAGGUUCAACCAGUUCCUCGACCUGGCCGACGUCAAGACGUACGCGCUCCGGGCGCUGGGCAAAGUGGCUCGGACCUGGAGGAAGAUAGACGCCCAGGCGGCUACGAAACAAGAUGGCGACGAGGACAAGGCGACGUCGAAAGAGGAAGAAGACGAGGAGGUGAAAGAGUCUUCAUCGUCUGCGACGACGAAGAAACCGGAGAUGACCGAUCGAUACCUGUCGAACCUCUAUAACCUGCUCCUGGGUUUCGACAUGACGGCGGAACCGCACAAGUCGGGAGAGCCCAUUCCCGUUUUGGGGGGCGAGAGUGUUAACUACGUCAUCAACCGCGAGCAAGAGGUCAAGCGCCUGUCGGCGGUGUGGAUCACCUUCUUGCGACAGAAGCUUCCCAUGAAGCUGUACCGGGAGCUGCUCAUCCUGCUCCCCGACAAAGUGGUGCCAUACAUGCACAACCCUCUCCUGGUCACCGACUUCUUCAUCGAGUCGUACAACCGCGGCGGCUCCUACAGUCUGCUGGCCCUUAACGGCCUCUUCUUGCUCAUCCACCGGUACCACCUGGACUACCCCAACUUCUACGAGAAGCUGUACGCCCUGCUGGAGCCGGGCGUCUUCUACGAGAAGUACCGGGCCCGGUUCUUCUUCCUCACCGACCUGUUCCUGUCGUCGUCUCACCUUCCGGCGUAUCUCGUCGCCUCGUUCGCCAAGAGGCUGGCUCGCAUGGCCCUGGCGGCUCCCCCUUACGCCCUUCUCUAUGUCAUCCCGUUCAUCGGCAACCUCCUGAUAAGGCACCGCAGUCUGGUCACCAUGAUCAACGACUCUUCGGACCGGGACGUUUCCAUAGACCCGUACGACGCGCAGCAGACGGACCCGAGCAAAUCGCAGGCUGUAGACAGCUCCCUCUGGGAGCUGAAGACGCUGCAGAGUCAUUGGUACCCGACGGUGGCCAAGAAGGCAAAGUUCAUCGACGACAACCUGCCACGAAUGGAGUGGGACUUCUCCGAACGACUCGAGGAGGGAUAUGCGGAGAUGAUGAAGCGCGCCAAGUCUGCCAAGCACAAGGAGGCGCCGACGAACUUCCACAAGGUUGAAGGACUCUUGAAGCAAAAGGAAGAGCUUCUGAGCGAGCUGUGGACAUUGGAGUGAGGACGAUCCUUAGGUUUUCACGAACUUGGCAUGAUGAAGACCAUUCCAUUGUGCGUAGAUAACAAUGUGGGCACAGUGUGUGUGCUCAGCAUCUGUUCUCACGUGUGUCCUUGAAGAGGUGUUGUGCCUGCAGGCCAUCGCUGUGCCUUUUCAUUCUGGGUGACCAUGGAUGUCUUAAACAUUGUUUGGAGUUCUGUAAUUUUUCGCUCUUCCAGCAACUCAUAUACAUCCACAUUAUCAGGACGUCUGCUGUACCUACUCAGCUACAAAGUGCUUGCAUUAAAAAAAUUACAGGAAAAAAUUCCAGAAUUACAGAAUUGCUUGCGCUAAAAAUACACUCAGGAAACUGGGUAUGAAAGUACUCAAUUACGUCAUGUUUGUAAAAAUUCUCCAAACAUUAUUAGUAGGCUACAAAGAGCUGUAACUUGCUCAGUCAUGCUGGCACAUUUUGAAUUUAGUAUGGAUAGUUGCUGAAAUACUGCAACAGUGUCACAGUUCACCUAAGGUUAUUGCAUAUGGGAGCAGCAACACAGGUAAAUUUCCUUGCUAAGCAAUAACAUCGACUGAUCAUUUUCUAGUGCUCCAGUGGCACUACGAAGGUGUGGUAAUAUCAUUGAAGUUUCUUUGCUAGAGCAAGUUUGAUAGCCAUUAUUGGUGUCUACUUAUUUUCAAAACAAAGCUUGCUUUCUGGCGUGCGUAAACUUAGUGAUGAAGAUGAAGUUGCACUGACUGGCCAAGGUCAAACGCGAGAAAGUAGAGACAUUUUAAAAAGAGCCUGUACUGGGGGUCCUUGGUCAAAUCAAUUUUCAUCAAGCACUUGAUUUAACCUUUGUAGUACUGUGAAACCAAACUCAAAGAACCGGUCGAAAAUACCAUAAGCAUGUGGCUUAUUGCAUCUGAGAUCAAUUGUCGUUGGUACUAUAGCUGAUAAAAUUUAUGCAAAAUAUUGUUUAUUCUCCUAUUUCGAAUAUGAUUUUUUUUGUUUCUAAGCAUCUCAUCCGUUAAUUUUUUCUGUGCUCCCUGGAAGCAGGAAAAGUAGGAUCUCUUGUGCAAGAUUUGAACUUCAUACCAGGCUGUGGGAAAGUGUUAUAAAAUAACCUAUAUUGCUGCUGGUAGACAAAUAAUUGCAAAUAAUUCUUUAAACUUUUUUUCAUCUUUACCAUUUAAUAUAGGCAUUUUAAUCUCGUCCUAUCGUUAUCGAGAACAUUGGUGAUUAGUUUCCUAAAAUGCAUUUGACCAGAAUUGCUGCAAAUUACAAUAAAGCCUACAUACUUGCA